GUGUAUCGUGUGACGGCUCAUAUUUUUAACGCAUUACUUGAAUGUGCCUUAUCUGCAAUGCUAUAUAAUUAAACACUAAGCGUAAAAUUGAAAUUCCUAUAUAUUUACUGAUAUUCAUGUGACACUUUCAAUUGGUCAGUUUUGUGCUUCGGAGUUUUCUCGCAACAUCAUGUUGUCACUGGUAACUACCAACUUGUUCGGCAUUUUCAUUUUGGCGGUAUCUGGGGUCUACUCGGAACACAAGAACAGUACAAAAACAGAAAACCAAACUGUACAAGCUGCGAAGAAGUUGGAAACCCACUUAAAUGAUACACUUAAGACAUCAGGAAAAGAGUUAUUGAACAUUACAGCUGAAGCCACAGUGAUGCCAGCAUACAUACGAUCUGGAAAUCGUUCCUUAGCAAACGUUUCUAGUAAAGUUAACAUUUUAUGUGUUUUAAGUCAUGUGUGUCCGGAUGAAAACCCACCAACACACGAAGUCCAACCGCAACUUGACCAAGUGCUUGUAGCACCGGGAUCUACAACAAAUGUUGCCACUGUGAACGUCAACGUAAACUUAAUUGACAAAACUCCUAAAGAGGUAGGUCAAGUGAUCAUUGUAAACAAAUGUGAUAAAGGUUGUCCCGAUGAAGGGCAGGGCGGUCGUCCCUUACGCCCCGAUGGAGGAGGAGGAAGCAGUGGUUAUCUGAACAUAGGUGGGACUGAUGAAAACACGCCAUUGUUGAGACCAAUAUACGAUGGUAAAUGCUACGUCUUGUUACAUUUCCCCAAAGUUAUCUGCCCAUUUCCAGACUCUCUUGCACCACCCGGCAAUGAACGUCCACCACCUGAAGGAUAUCCCGGCGAUGAACGUCCACCACCUGAAGGAAAUCCUGGCGACGACCGUCCACCACUUGAAGGAUAUCCCGGCGAUGAACUUCCACCACCUGAAGGAUAUCCCGGCGAUGAACGUCCACCACCUGAAGAAAAUCCCGGCGAUGAACGUCCACCACCUGAAGGAAAUCCUGGCGUUGACCAUCCAGCACCUGAAGGCUAUCCCGGCGAUGAACGUCCACCGACUGAAGGAUAUCCCGGCGAAGAACGUCCACCCCCUGAAGGAUACCCCGGCGAUGAGCGUCCACCACCUGAAGGAUAUGCCGGCCAUGAACAUCCACCACCUGAAGGAUAUCCCGGCGAUGAACGUCCACCCCCUAACGGUUAUCCUGACGGGGAACUUCCAUCAUGUUAUGACGUAGGUGUAAUGAUUUAUCACCUACCCUGCAGCUAUCCUUACUUACCACCAGGUUAUCGCCCACCUUUUGGUUACCCUGGCGGUGAAGGUCCACCACCUGGUUACAUGUCAACUCUACCACCUAUAAUGAAUCAUUGGAGUACGAUGUGCAUUAGUUGCGUAACGCAUCGUGCUGGCAAAUAUGGUACCCCGAACCCAACAUUGGUACAUUCACUACCCAGCUCCAAGUACCCUGGCAUCACAUAUUUGCCACCUGAUGUCGUGAAAAACGGUAGAACGACAUUAUCUCAUCCCGCUGUUCAUUCACGCUACCGUCCGCUGCCCGUUCAAUCCAGAGCUCAGAAGUAUCGUCGAGGAAGAUUAGCGCCUGCUAAAAGAGGUUACGUGGUAACGUAUCCUGCUCCACCAAGUUCUGCCGUCGCAUCUCGCGCAGUGCCGGGGUAUGUCAUUCCAGUUGUACCAUCACACAAGCGUUAAGACACGAACCACCAGUAAUGGUAAAAAGACAAAGCCAUGUAGUAAUCUGUCUAUUUUUUACGCUUUAUUAUCAUCUUAUUUUAAUAUUAAAAAUCCUGCUUUCUAAAUUACGAAUUUGAAAUUGAUUCUAAUGUGUUAACACUAUGACAACUUGUAUAGUCCAAAUUGAUUUUGCUUUGAUUUCAGCAAUACAGAUAUGUCAUUUCAUUGAUAAAUGUGUAAAUGUGUCCCAAAAAAUAUCGAUUUUAUUAACUGACGUAACAAAUUUCUUUUCAUCUUUUGGUGUCAUUGAUUUGUAUGUUUGUAAGUUUAUCACACUAAUUAAACCUAAUUACCAAGAACAACCACACCCCCCCCCUUUUUCCAAAAAAACCUUUAGAAUUUUAGAAAAAUGCUUUAGUAAGAUUUUAUAAAAGUAUUUGUUUGUGCAGGAAAUAUUUUAAAUAAAUCCUUAAUUUAAAUAUGUAUCAUAUACUAAAAGUUAUUAAACAUGCUUUCUUGACAAA